GGAUUUUUCGUAUAUGUUAAAAAUAUUUAUGCCGUAUGGGACCUGAAAUAAUUCCGAAUAAUUUGUUGCGCGCGCACAUUGUCCAGGAGAGGGAGGAGUCAUGUGAUUCUCUUCCUGUCCCACCCACUGUCUACCGGACAGACGGGAAAAGUUCACGGUAAACGGGAACACAGCGACAGCGAGCACAGCGAGUUUCCGCGACGCGCGAGCAAACGCAAUCAACCUCGAAACGUUUAAGUAACGCGGCGCUGUUAAAACAUCGCGACGCGAUCACCCGAGCGGCGCGCGCGCGUCUCUUCCUGUUCUGGAAUCUGCUGGCAGUAAAAGUUUGUCUGAAUAAAGCCGAGCAGAACUUGAACAACAUCUGAAAGAAGAUUGACGAUGAUCGAUUCGGAAAGAGAAACCAGACGAAGCGUUUAACGCGAUGUGAGUAGAUUUCUGUGCGCGUUCAUGUUCAGCUUUCAUGCGCUUUUCCUGCUAUUCUUCUGGUGUGAGCGCUUCCUGCUCAAAAACCACAGCAAACGCGCGCGCACACACACACACAACAGCUAAAAAUACUGAGACUCUCUUCAACUCUUCUCAUUUUCUCACAAUCGAGCUUCAGCUUGUUCAAGUGUUUAGAUGACGGUGACAGCGAAACGUCAAAGUGACGUCAGGUCACAGGUCUAAGUGAAUGGAGUCACACAAGAGUGUCCGUCCACCCUCAAGGGUCCAUCCCAAAUCCAUCCUUUGUGUCCUGACGGAGACUCGUGUCUGAUGGAGACACGCUCGCAGGUGAUGAUCAGAGAUCUGAGGGCAGGACGACGUUCAUCAUCCCGCUAACUCGGACGCAAUCGGCAUUAAAGCCUCGUGGAGCUCCAUGGAGCCGCUGAAGAACAUCUUCUCCCGUGGCCCGCUGUCCACGUGGAAAAGUCUGGAUCAGAACCAGAAGGGAAACUUCACCAACCCCAUCUGGACGGCUCUGUUCGACUACGAGGCUUCUGGAAAAGACGAGCUGACGCUUCGUAAAGGCGACCUGGUGGAGGUCCUGUCUCUGGAUUCGGAGAUAUCCGGUGACGAAGGAUGGUGGGCGGGAAAGGUCAACAACAAAGUGGGAAUCUUCCCCUCCAACUACGUCUCCUUCAAACCCAGCGGUUACAACAAGCUGCCGGGCGCCGACGUGGUCCGGGACCUGAGCACGGCCGUGGUGAGCGGCGAGUUGGAGCCCAGAGCGGUGGAUUUCAGCGAGCUGAGCUUGGAAGAGGUGAUCGGGGUGGGGGGCUUCGGCAAGGUUUACCGGGGCACGUGGAAGGGGGAGCUGGUGGCCGUCAAAGCGGCCCGUCAGGACCCGGACGAGGACAUCAGCGUCACGGCCCAGAACGUGCAGAACGAAGGAAGGCUCUUCGCCAUGCUCAAGCACCCCAACAUCAUCAUGCUCAAAGGGGUUUGCCUGCAGGAACCUAACCUGUGUCUGAUCAUGGAGUACGCGUCGGGCGGGCCGCUGAGUCGAGCCCUGGCCGGCCGCCGGAUCCCUCCGCACGUCUUGGUGAACUGGGCGGUCCAGAUUGCCCGAGGAAUGCUGUAUCUUCACAACGAGGCCAUCGUACCCGUCAUCCACCGUGAUCUCAAAUCAAACAACAUCCUGCUGGCUGAACCCAUAGAGAUUGAUGGCAUUGAGGGAAAAACUCUGAAGAUCACAGAUUUCGGCCUGGCGAGAGAGUGGCACAAAACAACUAAGAUGAGCACAGCGGGCACUUACGCCUGGAUGGCACCUGAGGUCAUUAAAUCCUCCACUUUCUCUAAAGGCAGUGAUGUAUGGAGUUAUGGUGUGUUGUUAUGGGAGCUGCUGACAGGCGAAUCUCCGUACAGAGGUAUCGACGGUCUGGCUGUGGCUUAUGGAGUCGCUGUAAAUAAACUCACGCUUCCCAUUCCUUCCACGUGUCCUGAACCCUUCGCUCAGCUCAUGUCUGAGUGUUGGGAUCAAGAUCCUCACCGAAGGCCCAGUUUCAGCUCAAUACUGGAGCAGUUGAACGCUCUGGAGCAGCAGGUGAUGGAUGAGAUGCCUCAGGAUUCAUUUCAUUCUCUACAGGAGGAUUGGAAACUAGAGAUUCAGGACAUGUUUGAUGAGCUGCGCGCUAAAGAGAAGGAGCUGCGGUGUCGUGAGGAGGAGCUGAAGCGAGCCGCUCUGGAGCAGAAGUCUCAUGAAGAGUUUCUCCGUCAGCGCGAGCAGCAGUUGGCUCAAUGGGAGCAGGACGUCUUCGAGCGAGAACUUUCACUUCUCAUCCUGAAUGUCAACCAGAACCACAAACCCAACGUCAAGAAACGCAAAGGAACUUUCAAGAAACACAAGCUCAAGGUGAAGAAUGGAGAGAAGAUCAGCAUGCCACAAGAUUUUAUUCAUAAGAUUACAGUCCAGGCAUCUCCAUGUUUGGAGAAAAGAAGGAAUUCUCCAGAUUUGGGAUCACCAUCCAUCGGGCCGCGUUUCCGUGCAAUACAAUUAAGCCCCAGUGACAGUCGAUGGAGUUCGGUUUGGCCUUUGGAGUCUCUUCCUCUUAAGCAGUCUAAUGGUGAGAGGAGAUUUGCUGCUCCCCAUCUGAGUCCUAAAAGCCCUAAAAGUCCAAAGAUUCUUCGACUCAGUACACCAGAAAACAGUCUGUCAAUGAGAGCCAAACUUCUAGACAUGGACUGUAAUGAAAGCCAGGAGUCUAAAGCGGAUUUUGAGGAAUAUAGACCCAUCACACCGGAAUACAACCAUAACGAAGGCUCUGAGAGCGAGGAAGGUGGUUCGUCCCCCUGCGGCUCUCCAAAACCGGAUCAGUCCGGGCCAUCGUCUCUGGGUAAGGCCACACGUCGAGCUCUGCUCGGUAGCGCCGCCCUGCUGGCGUCCGUGGCUCUCGGCCGCUGUCUGGAACCUCAGCUCCCCCCCACGCCACCCCCUCGGGCAUCAUCCAGGACUAACCUACCCACACUGGACCUAGAACCGGAUCGCUCUCCGGAGCGGCCCGCCGAGCCGGACGUAGUGGGAGAUUUGAUCACGUUUAGCACAGACUCCCUGCCGCAAGGAUUCUUGGAAACAUUGAAACCGCCGGAGACGAAACCGUUACCGCUCACCCCCCCGCCCCCAAACCCCAGAGAGAGAGACAGGGUUGCCCGCCGCGUGCCCCAUCGCAGUCUCAGAGACUGGUCGCCGAACGGAGAGACGUUUAGCGAGAUCUCGUGUCAGGACGAUGAAUGCAGAAGAAGAACUUCUCAGCUAGUGCUGGAUCUUCCUUUGUGUCAAGACACGUUCGAGGUUGAAGAAAGAUCUCCAGUACCCUUUGCGCUGUAUCAAGACUCUCAUUUUUGGAGCCCCAAAGCAAACCGUCUGGAGGUAAACAUCGUUCCUCGACCACGACCUUCUCCUAUCCGACCUCGCAUUGACCCGUGGAGUUUUAUAUCCGCCGGUGUGGCGGACAAACCCGGUGUGAAGAAAGCCGUUUCUUCCAGUAGUCCCACGAGCCCUCGACUGGGGUUUCGUCCCUCGCCCACCAACCCGUUCACAAACUGUGACCCGUUCCCUUCCCCAGACUGUGACCCCUUCAAUCUAAAGCUCAACCCUUCCAGAAACUCCGACCACGCCUCCGGUUUUGACCCCUUCUCCACCCCGUUCCCGACCUCACGGUCCGCUCCCUGCUCAACAAACGUGAGUCCUAAUCUCUCUCUCAGGGUGGCUCCGUUGAAUCCGGCCGAUUGUCCGCUCAUCGAUCUGGGCUGGGUCGGGGUCAACAAACCGCUAGAUGUCGCCAAAGAGAGAGUUCAUCCUCGACGGACCCUCGGGCUCAGCCCGUUCAGAUCAUCUACUGAACACAGAGACGAUCGCUUCUGAAUGAGCAAUGGUCAGGAAAUAAGGAUUGUUUCUAACACGCCUCAGUGCAUUCUGGGAUAUAUAUAUUUCCUGGAUAUUCUUUAGUUUUUGUCUUGGAAAGAAAACUAAAUCAUUAUAAAUGAGACGGGGUGGCUCUUGGACAGAUGCUGAUGUGUCAUUCCUACUUUGACUAAUGGUGCCGCCUCUGAAAUAUAUCAAUGUCUUCCAGCUUUCAUCAUUUUCUCAGAGUCUUAAUGGCCUUUAACAGAUCCACAGGCGUCAGGUUAUCAGUGUCAAAUCCAUCACAGUCAUCUAAUGAUUUUCAGUCGUAUGUUGUUGCUCAUCUUUCAUUUGGGAGGAGCCAACAAAGCAGCUUGAAAUGUUGUGUCUGAGAGCAAGGUGUUGUGUAGCAUUCAUUACAUCUGAAUCUCAACAUUUCAGCACAUGAGAGUUUUUAAACGCACGCGUGUUUGCUGACAUGGGUUUUAAUCAGUUGUGUUGACAUUUAGUUUUGAGCGUUUAGCGUUCGGUCUGUGUCAUCUUCAUCUCUGCUAAACCUAGAAAGAACCACUGAGGAACAACAACAUUUAUUAUUGUCUAUCUGAGGAUGAGAAACAAAUGAAAAUGGAUUUGAUUUAAUGCAAAUGUUCACUACUGACAGACGAAAGCUUCUUUAUCUCCCUGCUGAGCGCUGUGCAGACUCUACUGAGAUUUACACUGUUUUACCUUUGGGUGGUUAGCUGGUCAGUUUUACCUUUGGGUGGUUAGCUGGUCAGUUUUACCUUUGGGUGGUUAGCUGGUCAGUUUUACCUUUGGGUGGUUAGCUUAUCUUGGAAGACGUUUUGACUCAACGGUGGCCUUUUUUGCCAUAUGGUUGAUCAACUUCUUCUUUCUCUCUGACACAAGAACAGAGAUGAUGAUGAUGAUGAUGAUGAUGAUGAUGAUUAAAGCUGCUGUGCUCCUCACACACAUACUGUCACAUUAAACACUUCUCAGACCAUCAUUUGAUUUGAUAUUUUCAAAAGAGUAAAGGCCGGUUAACACCAAAGAUGAAAUUUAUAUCCAUUUAAAUGUAAUAUGUGGAGACUUGUGUGCAUGAGCUUAGAAUAAACAAAACUCUAUGAAUAUCCCCACAUGAUAAGGUCAUAGUGUAUUUAUGGGUAUCAUUCUUGGCCUUUAGAGAGUGACAGAUGUUAUUUUUACAAUCAAAAAGAUAUUUUAAUGACAAUAGUUAUUUUAAAAUAAUAUUUUUAUAUUUGUAAAAGAGCCAAUAUAGAGCACCGCAGGGUGACCGAUUUUUGUAGGUCAACCCUGAAGUUAGCGGGACACUGGUUCCCCUCGCCAGAAAACACAUUCAUUUUUCAUAUAGACUUUUGGAUUACUCAAAAAAAAACUCUAACAAAAGUUUAGGAAGAUAAUCUUCACAAAAUUUAUUUUGAAGUCUAGAUUAUUAUUUUUUUAUUUCCAGUCAACACAUUUAGACUUCAAUUGUGUUCAUUUGUGAAGAUGUUGUUAUACAAAAUGUGUAAGACUUCGUUCAGACUGCAAACAUUAAUGCUCAAUUCAGAUUUUUUGCUCAGAUCAGAUUUUUUCUUUGAGUUUUAACACUAUUUGGCUAAAAUCAGACAGCUGUGUGAACUGUUCGUGGUCCUGAACUGCAUCGCAUGCUCAAAAGAACAAUACUACAUCACGCGCAGCACGCGGUUAUACGGAAAUUAACGUGCAGACUACUGAGCGGGUGUUGUGGUCUUCAUACGGAGCUGCACAGACCGGCCAGUCGACGCGUUUUAUCUCCGUUCUGUGAGAGUGAACGAUACGAGACGAGGCAUUCUGCUCCCGGGUCACGUGCAGGUCCAUCAUCUGGACAACGCUUCAGGAAAGUCAAACACACUUAUUUACGUGUUAGGGGCUUUCAUGUAUAAGGCGAUGUGCAACAGAAGCUUAAUAUUUAAUGUCUUGAAUGUUUUUAAGUGGUUUUGCAAACAUGCCGUUGGUGCAUAUUUCCGCAAUUGUGACGCACAUCAAUCUAGAAUGACAUACAAGUCGCAUGAAUUCCGAUUUAACCGUUCAGACUGAAGUCGCAUUGCAAAACAUCCGACCUGUAUUUGAUUUUGAACCACAUAUGAAAGUGGCUGAAAUCAGAAUGGAAAAGAUCAGAUUCCAUUUAUGUUUUGUGCUGUUCACACGGUCAUACAAAGAGACAGAAAUGGUCACAUAUCAGCAGAAAAUCUGAUUUUGAUGACAGUGUGAACGUAGUCUAAGUGUCAUAAAGUGUCAUAGAGCUUAUUAUUUGUAAUAAUCCAAAAGUCUAUGGGAAAUAAUAAUUGGUCUUUCUGGCAAGAUGUCCCGCUAACUUCUGUAUCAGCCGAAAAUACAUCAUCCCUGCGGCACUUUACUUCUCAAGUAGGACUAUCUGAAUAUUAUUAAAUACAGAGAUGAAAUAUCUUUAGUUAUAAUGAAAGUGAAUAAACACAUUUACAUUGAUGUAUUUGGGCAGAUGCUUUAAAGCUAGGUAUCUAUUUUUUAUCAUUCAUCAGCCUAAUAUUAUUGCAAAGAUAAUCUUCAUCAGAAAUGGAUUAAGUGUCCGUUCCUCCUCUUACACAUCAUCAUAAUCAAUCAUAAAACAACACACAAACAUCAUGAAGGAGAAUUGAGGAAAAUGUUUUGGUGCUAAAUGAAACCAGACUUGAUUCAAGAUAAUUCUGCUGAUUUCUUCUGUAAGAAAGUCUCUGUCCUGCUGUCAGGAGAUAACCGAGUACCCAUUUGAGUUUAUUACUACUGAAUGUGUUGUUUUAACCCUUUCCUAAGCUAAAGACGAUUGCUCAUUAAUCCACACCAGGUCUGUGAUAGUUUGAUUCAGUUUCCUCCAUCAUAAUGAGUUUAAUGGUGUUAGACGCUUCAGUUUCAUCUCUGUUUGUUACCUCUGACAUCAUCUGAUCAAAAUAUGACUAAAGGUUUGUCUUCUUAUCAUCUGCUCACACGAAGACAUCAUUGGCUGUAAAACUUUAGCCAUUUCUGUAUGGUCAGCGGUUGUUACAAAUGAAAUUGAAAUGAGAAAGUCUUCAAAGCUAUUGCUAUUUAUUCAUGCAUUUUACACACUGGAUUCAAGAGAUUUGAAAAGGGUCAGAGAUAUACUUCACAUUAAAAUACUUUAUUAUAUUUUCAGAAUGAUUUUUCACUGGCGUCUGUUGUUAAGAGUUUAAAGGUGCUGCAAAGGGAAGAAUAUGAGUGAAAUGUGUGAUGAAAUACAGAGACUGAGCAGAAUGAGAUUGAUCUGUGUAUCUGGAUUUAAGAAAGAGAAAUUUCCUUUAGCGUUGAUGCUUGACUUUCUUUCAGUUCUCCAUCUUUUGAGAUUUCUUUUCAUGAACAGAACAAAAACACUUCAUACGUCUCAGACAGACAGACAGACAGACAGACAUUCACUACCUGCCAAACUCACUCAUCUUUGUGUUGUGCUUCAUUAUUUUAAACUUAUAUUCAGUACUCGUGAAGCCUUUAUAACAGCUGUGUUGUGUUCUUUAACUCUUUGAUUAAGUAAUCCGGUUGUUGUUGUUUUUUUAUCUGCUUUGUGUUAUUGUCUUUAUUUUUAUCUCAGUGGGCUGGGCCUAAUCACUUUUCAUACUUUUGUGUUUUACAGUGUGUGUAAUGAUUGUGUAAAUGUGUUUAUUUUUUUCUUAAUUGUAAUGGGUUUUAACCUGUGAACCUUUGGAAAGUGAAUAAAAGAGCGAGACCAAAUCAAA